AUGCUCAAGCCGUUUUUGAAUUGUAUUUUACUCUGGAAUUCGUUGUUUCUGGUCGAUUCGGCCUAUUUCUCUCAGUUUUCGAGGAAAGAGUUGGAUCGGGAUCCAUGCUACGAUCCCACCGGUCGGCCGGUACGAUGUGUGCCUGAUUUUAUUAACGCUGCGUUUGGGAAGCCGAUUGUGGCUUCUAGCACGUGUGGCCAAAAUGGACCUGCACCGUGAGUUUUGGGCUUGAUUUUUGGGGUUUUGGGGUGGAUUUUAAUUUUUUUAAAAAAUUUUUAAUUUUAAAAUUUAUCUUUUUUUGUUUAAAAAAUGAUUUUUUAAUAUUAGAAGCUGGGGUUUAAAAGUAAAAUACGGAAGUUAAUGUUGGUAUUUUUUAACAAAAAAACUAAUUUUUUUUUAAAUUUGAAAAUUAAAAAAAUUAUUUUUAUAAAAAAUGGUUUUAAAAAGAGUAGAAAUUUUAUUUUAAACGUAAAAUACGAAAAUUUAUAAUGAAAAAAAAAUUGAAAAAAAAUUUUAUUUUAAAAUUUGUAAAAUUUUGAAAUUUUUUAAAUUCGCGUUUUUAAACUUUUGUUAUACCUAUAAUGUUAUUACAAUGUCCCCCCCCCCUCCUUAAUAAUGUAUUUUACAUUGUAAUACCGAUCGUUUGGUUGUUCCGAAACCUAAUCCCCCCUGAUCCCCAAACAUAUCGGACGGAAAUCCGCUGACCAUUUGGCCGCGGUGAUCCAUCUUGUCCGAGCAAUUUGUCACUAAUUGGUUACACAACAAACAAAUAGGGGCCCGGUGAUAAGAGACGUGAGCCCUCCGGGGUCAUGUUCAAUGAAAAUGGAUUGGGCUUUGGGCGAGUUUCGGCCGAAAAUGAAAGGGCUUGUCGGUUUGAGGAAUGUUUAGUUCAACACCUGAUAAGUUGUAGUAUUAUAUAGGGUAUUAUGUUCUCGGGUUUCGGGCUUUGAAACAAAAAUGAACUUUUGGAAAGGAAAAGAUGGUGAAUAUAAGCAGUGUUUUAAUUCAAUGUGAGACAGAUGUAAAGGUUGUACAGUACUGAAUUGUAUUGUAUAAAGUACAAGACCAUAACCAAGAUAUAUAGAACAAAAUCUAGCUAUUAAACUGGCUAAAGCUCUUAAAACGCCGAUUUUAAACAUAAAAAUAUAGAUUUUUAAGGCCUAAAAACCACAAAUUUAACUUCUACCUUAACAUUUUUAGGUAAUUACAGUUUUAUCUUAACAUUUCUAAUCAAAUAUACUCUUUCUUUGAUCUUACCAUUGAUUAAGGAGUACUAUCAGUUAUCUACACAUGUCUUUCUUCAUUUAUCUUGAGGUGUACUGUCAGAAAACAAAAAAAGUAACGUAAUUUCCACAAUCAGUCACUAAACAUAUGGCCGUAGUAUAUUCGAAACACGAGUCGAAUGACAAAUCUAUAUUCUAAUUUUUUGCAAAAUUAUUUGGUUUUUUUGGUAGGAUGCUAUGGUAAAUUUAUUGGUACUGAUGGUACUGAUUUUAUUACUAUUAGUAACAAUAGAUAGGGCUAAGUCUACUAAUUUUCUGGGAUAGUUAUACUUAUUCUCUAGGGUUAGGACUACUAGUGGUACUAAUUUUGGUGCCAUUAGUACCAAUAGAUAAGGAUAGGUCUACUAAUUUGCUAGUCUAGGACUACUCAUUUUCUAGGACUAGGGAUACUAAUAGUACUAAUUUUGGUACUAGUAGGGUCGGGUAUGGGACAACCACAAUAUUUUUUGAGAAAAUUUGAACGUGGUUCCCCCUGUUGUCUUAAAACGAAAAAUUUGUUUACUUUCUUAAUUCCUUUCCUAUAUUUCUUACUUUGUCAUACCCAAAAUCUCUUUUUUGUCAUCAUUUUUAGUCUUAUUCAAACUACAAAAUACUAAGAAAAACUUCAUUUUUUUCAAAAAAAAAUUUUGAAUACCCUCAUCAACGUUCGUAGUAUCCUUUUCAUACCUACUUUUUUCCACCUCAAAGUUUAGCUAGUUUUUCCUAGCAGUAAUUAGUCCGCUUCAGAAUUUGCGGCUGUUUUUUUGCGGCCGCAAUUUGUCAAAAACUUGCAAAUUGGGAGGCGAAAAAUAAAAAAAAGAACAAAGAAAAGGACGCUCAGCAGGUUACCGUUCUCAGAAAAGGUUCGAAAAGUAUAAUUUUUGGAACGAAAUCCGUGAGAAGUUGGUACUGUAGUGUAGUUUGAUGAAUGAAUUUUAGGAGACAGUAGAGUUAGAAGAAUGACAAAUAGAAGAUAGUAAAGUUAGAGGAAUGAAAUUUAGAGUAUGGUAAAGCAAAAAUGUCAUAAACAAGACAAAUGAUUCUUUAAAAAGAAAAACUUAAACUCUUUGAACUUUCAUAUCUUUUGUAGUUAACACGACAAUUUCAAGAAAUUUUGUGCAAUGGUACUACAUAGUACCAUCGCUUUAUGUUUUUACAGUGAAUUACGCUAACAAGCCAUAAAAAAUUUUCAGGUUAGUUUGAAAGACAAGCCUAAAGAUUGAAAAAUACCCAUUUUUAAAGCAAAUUUAGGGGUUUCUGCCAAUUUUUUUAGUCAUUUUAAAACGAUGAGUUAAUGAAAUUGUUUCAUAUUUUACAUUGUGUAUUAGCAUACCUUGGAAAUGCUCUAGGCACAAAUUUGUGGUAUUUGUACUUUUAGAAACUUAGAUAUACGGCCACAAACUUUUGGCAGAUACGACCACUUUUUUCAAAACUUUUGUCAUUUAUGCUUUAUUUUGGUGAUAAUCUUAACUUAAGGCUUAAAAAUCUGAGUUUAAAUGGCUUAUUUUAUGCUACUUGAUGUACUAUCACUAUUUAUAUUAGCUGCUUUACAUAAUAUCCUAAAAUACUUUUAAAAAAACGAAAAAAUAUUCCAAUUUUUAUAACUUUUACACCCAAACCUAUCUUACAUAAUCUAUAAACCCCUUUUUGAUGUGAAAUAUUUAUGUAUCCACAAAAGGCGACAACUUUGGAGUGGGUUUGCGCAAUUUGUAGCACUUGUUUUUUAUAGCCCGUAUUUUAGGGGAUGAUGCGAUCCCAGAAAAGGCGAUCAAACGCGAGGCCGAGAUUCGAUUAUAGGACAAAAGUGCCAUUCUCAGGGCUCAAGUGGCACAAAGAUCGCACUUUAUCCCUUAUUUCAGGCAAAUAUCAAGGGCACUUUAUGCAAAAAAUAGCGUUAUUGGGUGCUUUGAUACAGUGUAAUGAGAGGCGUUUGCAAUAUAAAAUUUUUUUUUAAUUUGAAAUGAAAAUUAAAAAAAAUAUAUGAUAUAGGUAUUUAAAAAGAUGCAAAAUAGCCUAAAAUGGCUUAAUUUUAGAUUAAAAAAAUUUUAAAAUAUUUUAAAAAUUUUAAAUUUCAAAAUUUGAAUUCAAAAUUUUCAGUUUCUGCAUAGCCAAAGACCCAAAACGCUCGACCCAAGGGCACUGUGACAUUUGUGAUUCCAAAGAUUUUCGAACCUCCCAUCCAGCCUCCUACCUAACUGACUUGAAUUCGGCUAAAAACCGAACUUGCUGGAUAUCAGAACCGACCAGCCAAUACCCUCAUAACGUCACAUUGACUUUGUCGUUGGGCAAGAAGUUCGAAUUGACUUAUAUUUCACUACUCUUCUGCUCAAAGGUCGCAGACUCUUUGGCCAUUUAUAAAUCGACCAAUUUCGGCAAAAGCUGGACCCCGUUCCAGUAUUUUAGCUCGGAAUGCAAAAAAAUCUACGAUAGGGUACCUGAAGUGGCUAUUGGACGACAUAAUGAGCAGGUAAGAAGGAUUUACUAGAAUUUUUUAAUUUUGAAUUUUUGGCGCGAAAUCAAAAAUUUGAAUUUUUUUAAUUUAAAAAAAUUGUUUUUAAAUUUCGAAUUUUAAAAAUUUGUUCGAAAAGCCCACAAAAUGAAAAAUAAAUAUUAAAAAGUCGUAUUUUAUAACAAAAACUAAUCAAGAUUUCGUGUUUUUUAUCCAAAAUCACAUUAAAACCUGAAAAUCCAGAUAUUUUUAAAAAUUGAGUUAAAAAUGCCAUUCCAGGAAGCCAGAUGCACGGACUCUCACAUUACCACCAAAUCGAAUAAUCAGGUGGCUUUUGCGACACUCGAAAAUCGACCAAGCGCUUAUAAUUUUGAGCACUCGCCCGUCUUACAGGACUGGGUAACGGCCACCGACAUCCGGGUGGUAUUCAAUCGCCACAGCCCGGAACAAGUAAGGAAAUCACGUUACGGCACGGGCUUAUUAAUCUGUUUUUUGGGGUGAUACUGUAGGGAAGUGAUAAAGGGUUUCGGGCUACUGUGAAGAGGUAAUAAAAGGUGUUUAAAGAGUUAAGUUAGAGAGUAAUAGAAGGUGUUUUUAAGGGUUAUGGAGUAAGUGAUAAUAAGGUUUUUAAAAAAUAUUAAAGGGUGCUAAAGCUUGUUUAAAGAAAUAUCAGAGAGAAGGAUUUAAGUAUAUUAAAGGGUGCUGAAGGUGGUUUUAAAAGUGGUUUUGGAGUAAUAUAAAGGUGAUAAAGGAUGUUUCAAAGGGCUAUAAAAAAGGUGAUAGUCAGUGUUUUAAAAGGUACCAGAGUAGUACUACGUCUUUAUAAGGGUUUUUUUCUGGCUGAUAAGAUCUGUUUUAAAGGUUACAAGAAGAAUUAUUAUAAUAAGCUCUUCUUUUAAGAUUUUAAAAAGCGUAACAUGGGACGUGUUAUAAGGCAUUCUGAAGAGUUAUAGAGGAAGUUAUAAGAGGUUUUCUAUGGGUUUUGUAAGAGCGUGACAAACGGUGUUUAAAAGGGUAGUCUUGGAGUGUGAUAGGGGUAGAUAAGAGGUGUUUUUAAGUUAGAUAUUAAAAGGAUACACCUUUGUUAACAGCACUGUAGCAAAGUUUUUUGCUACAUACUUGUUAGGCUAUAGGAUAGUUAAAAGCAACAUUUUAUAAUAUUGCUCUACCGCACAGUUCCUUUUACUCUUUAUCCUCAUUAUAAUUCAAUUCCAGGCCGAUCUCUACAGCCUCGAAGACUCAUCAAACUCUACAGAAUUUGAAAGUCUUGAAAAAAUUGAAAAGAAGUACUUCUACGCUCUAUCAGAAUUGGCGGUAGGAGGAAGAUGUAAAUGUAAUGGACACGCAUCUCGAUGUGUAUUUGACAAAACCGGCAAAUAUACAUGUCAAUGUAGACACAAUACAGCUGGAGCUGAUUGCGAAAAGUGCAAGUUGUUCCAUUAUGACAGACCGUGGAGUCGGGCGACGGCUGAGGACGCAAAUGCUUGUGUUGGUAGGCGAGCUUUGACUUAAUGUAACUUAUGCCAUUUUCAAUAUAUAUAGAGGUGAAAUUACGAAGGAUUGUAGUAAAAAGUGUGCUUUUCAAAUGGGUAAUGUAAAAGUUAUAGUUUUUCAUUGCAGAGUAAGCUUUCGUAUUUCAAAGUGUGUUUUUUGAAUUUCAACUUCAUGUCGUAUAUUUGAAAGUGCCAUGACCUUUUGACCGUUUUGUGAUAAAGCUGAUUUUACAGUAUCUUUUGUAAAAUUAAAUACCAUUUUAUCUUAAAACUCGUGAAAUGUUACAUUAAGUCCAAAAAAUAAGUUACAAGCCCUAAAAACAGUUCAAACUAUCUUUUACAGAAAAAAGUCGAUUAUUCUUAAAAAUGCCAAAAUUAGAUGGACUAUUGCUUAAAAAAGUUAUUUUUUAGAUGAAAAAGAACAUGUUUUACAAUUUAAAAAUGUUUUGACACGAAAACUAAAGAUUAGUUUAGCAGUAAAAUACAAUUAAACAUGUUUAUGAGCUCUUUGACCACCCUUUUUUAUUGGCUUUUACCUUACUUUGACCCUAAUUUGACGGUAAUUUUGAGUUGGCACGGAAGUUACAGUAUUUUAACGUAAAACAUAAGUGUUUUUAUGAGUGUUAUAGCUUUGGGGACGGUAUGGGCCAUAAGAUGCUAAAGGGUACCCUUUGAAUUUCGCAGGGUAUGGCCUUUAGUUUCAGCUCAAAGCCAUAUCUAAUCUGGGAUAGAGUGACAAGAAACAAAGAAAUUUUUGUUGUUCUACCUUAUCUUCUAUCACUAGACGUCAUUUUAACCUUUCUUUAUUUUUUCUUUUCCAUCUAUUUGUUUCUUCCAACUUUAAAAUGAUUUUGCCCUGCGGGUAAUUUUAACAAAUUUUUGCGCAUUUCUUGGCCACCGGAUGCCGAAACAUUGGUCGAGAAUUACGGGUGGGCUUGGGAACCAUUAACAACUCAUAAAAUUUGAUUGGCCGUUUAAAAAGCUAAACAUUUACAAAAAUAUUGCGCGAAAUCGAGAGUGUGGCCAUACAGAGGCAUAGAAAUAUGGAAGGGAAGUGAGAGAGUAUGAGAUAAAGAGAGAGCGAGUAGAGAUAGUGAGAGAAAACCAAAAGUAAAGGAGGAGGGAAGAGAGAGCGCGCGUUUCGAAGAGUGUGGCUAGACAACGGUCAAGAAGACCGCAAUAAACGAGAGCGCAGCGAGAGGACAAGCAAAACACACAGACAGCAGAGAAAAACGGAAAAAGCAAUCAAGGACGUGGAGAUUUGCGUAAAUAUAUUCAAAUUUAUCGGAGGGUUUAAUUUCCUUUUAUUAGGCGAAAAGCGUGACAUGAGAACAUCAACAAAUGCCCAGUAUAAUAUACUUUUUUCGGCGGUUCAAAAUUUAAUUACGUUCCGCAAACUUUCUUUACAAAAUUUUAAUUACGUGUGAAAAAAAAGUUCUUGGAAUUAAAAAGUCUAGAAAAAUUUAAAAUGGCAAGAACUUUCUUUACAAAAUAAAAAUGGAAAGAACUUUCUUUACAGGACAAGAAAUGGCAAGAACUUUUAUUUUAGGACUAGAAGUAGCAAGAACUUUCUUUACAAAGCAAAAAAUAGCAAAAACUUUCUUUACAAAGCAAAAAAUAGCAAAAACUUUCUUUACAAAGCAAAAAAUAGCAAAAACUUUCUUUACAAAGCAAAAAAUAGCAAAAACUUUCUUUACAAAGCAAAAAAUAGCAAAAACUUUCUUUACAAAACAAGAAAUGGCAAAGACUUUCUUUACAAAACGAAAAAUGGCAAGAACUUUCUUUACAAUCCAUUUUCUGUCACCAAAACCCAUAAAUUUCCAAAAAACUGCCAGAGGCUUGUAAUUUACAUCGCAACCAAAUUACAACCCCCAGACAUACCGUAACAGCCGGGUAUUAUGUUUCAAAGUAACCACUGUUGUUAUGUUUAUGGCGGCAGUAAACUGUUGUGUAUUUAUGGUCUUUUGUUGUUUAUGGCCGCCACAAGUGGCGCCUGUUAAUUUGCAUAAAUAAUGGAUGCGAAUACCCACUGGAAGGCGAUGCCCAAGAUUAUGAAUGGCACUGGGAUUAGGGAAGUGCGAAAAAUGAAAAAAAAACGAAGAAACUUUGUUGCCAAAUAAAAUAGCGUUUUUAGUUCGGAAAAUAUUGGAAAUUUAAAAACUGUAAACAAAGUUUUUGCAAGAUUUGUAAAAAAAAAGAGAGACAAAAGCGGUUGUAAAGAAAAUUCUUGCUAUUUUUCAAUUUGUAAAGAAAGUUUUUGCCAUUUCUUGUUUUGUAAAGAAAGUUCUUGCCAUUUCUUGCGUCGUAAAGAAAGUUUUUGCCAUUUUUUGCUUUGUAAAGAAAGUUCUUGCCAUUUUUUGUCUCAUAAAGAAACUUUUUGCCAUUUUUGGUGUUGUAAAGAAAAAAUAAAAUACUAUGUUAACAUUAAAGUAAAAUCCUAUUGUAAAGUAAUCCUCGAACCAAUACAUAUAUACAUGAGGUCAUUUUGCGUAAAAGUCAUUAUAAACCGCAUUCAAAUUCGAAAAGUGUUAAAUGGGUUUUUAAUGUCCGAGCAAACAAAACGGGAGAAAAUACAGGGAAAACAUUGGUCUACAGUCAGGUAUAAUAACAAGGUUAAUUACAUCAAUCACAAAAAUGAAAAUAAAAGUUUUUAAAAUUGUCACAAUAAUUUUUACCUGAGUUUGUUCAAAUAAUUAUGUGCCCUCUACACACCCAAAACUUUCUUUAAAAGGGGGCACAGAAUUAUUUGAAUCACCUUAUAGUAAGAUAAUAUACUAAUAGUAAGGAUAUAGGCUUCUAAAAAGGUCUUGUCGUUUUUGAACGGAUAAAACUGUGCUUAAAAGCGACAAUACUUUUUUAGAUCUAUCUAUAUUAUAAAAAUUUGAAAAAAAUCUUUUCAAGAUUUGAAAAUUUAAUUUUUGCCAUUUUAGCUUGUAACUGUAACCUUCACGCCCGAAAAUGCAGAUUCAACAUGGAGUUGUAUCGAUUGAGUGGUAACAAAAGUGGCGGAGUUUGUAUCAAUUGUAGACAUAACACCGCUGGCAGGAACUGCCAUUACUGUAAACCGGGAUACUUUAGAGACAUUGGAAAGCCGAUUACUCACAGAAAGGCUUGUAAACGUGAGUUACUUUACGUUAUCCUAAUAUAUAUGAUGAUUUCACAUAGGGCAGGGUAGGGUAGGGUAGGGUAGCUUAAAGCCUAUAAAAUUUGAAAUCCAGAACAGCACGGAAAAGUAAUUCCCUUGAGGGGACUACGCCGUGCCGUUAUCUGGCGGCGUUCCAAUAGUCUCUUCAUGUUUGAAACCUAAUUAGGAUGUGUGGUCUAUUAAGCAAAAAGAAACAUUCAAAAUUGAAAAAAAAAGUUCAAAGAAUAGUUUUUAAAAGUGCGGAGUACUGUAAUUUAGGGUAAGUAGGGACGGCAGACCAUGUAGAAGGUGAAGAGACGUAGUAGUGAUGGUAAGGAUGGGGUGAUUUUGGAAAAAGUUGGGCAGGGCAGGAAAAUGGGGUACUGUAACUGUCAAAACAGUCUAAAAAUCAAUAUUUUUUCAGUUUUUAAAUGUUUACUUUCAGCCUGUAACUGUCACCCAGUAGGAUCAUUGUCAAAGAACUGCAACCAGACCAGCGGUCAAUGUAUUUGCAAGCCUGGUGUGACUGGACUAACUUGUAAUCGCUGUGCCAAAGGCUUUGAACAAAGCCAGAGCCCUAUUACUCCUUGUAUUCGUAAGUUAUUAUUUUGUAUAUUAACAUUGCCUUUAAGUACAUUACCAUCCUGUUGCUGAAGAUAUCAAUUUAGCUUCUAUAGAUUAAUAUCAAAGCCCUUUAGGCGUGAAAAUUAAAACUUUUGUUCCAAUUUCGAUAUCUUUUCGGGUUUAAACGCCUCUGGGGAACUUUGCAAAUUUAAUGAAUUGCAGCUGUGAAUAGCAGAAGCACACGCAGAUUAACAGCCAUGAUUAAUAUACGAAUUAAGCAAACAAAGCUUGAAGAUUUUAAAAAUUAAAAAUCUAAUUUAAAAAAAUUUUAAAAAUUUAAACUUUUUAGAAUCUAAUUUUAAAAAUAAAAAAAAAUAAAAAAGUUUUAAAUAUUAAAUUGUUCAUAUAGUUCUGUGCUUUCGGUCAAAGCAAAUUUCCAUGGUUAGAUGGCUCAGAAUUAAUUGAACAACAUAAUAGUAAUACUUUAUCACUUUAGGCUCUGAUAGCUCUUUUUAUGAACUUUUAUCAUAUUUCUUUGAUUUUUAUUGACACUCAAUUUUUUCUAAAUUUAAUUUAAAAUUAAUUAAUCGUAUUCCACCAUUAAUUUACCAUGUUUUCAGCUAUUGUAACAUCGCAUGUGACAGAACUUCCAACUCGUAAGUUGAAUUUUGCAAGAUUUAUAGAACGUUUAUGCUAUUUACUGAUGAAAUAACAUAAAACGUAGUGUUUUUACUCAUUACAUUGAUAACUCAUUUUGGGGUCACCACGAAAACUUGAAUUUUAAAUUUUAGUUUUUAGACGUAUAAAAGCAUAAUUUUAAAAUAAAGACGUUUUUAAAAAUUAAAAGUUCAAAAUUUAGUAUAUUUUCAUAUUUUAGCGGUUUGCGAAAAGAAAUGUCGUGCCACUCCAUCAAGGUUGACACAAAAGAAAUAUUGUCGCCGGGAUUACGGUAAGUGGAUUAUUACAGUUUCUAUUGUAAUAAUAUAAACAGGGAUUUGGAUGGAGAUGUAAAUGAGGUUAUAUACGCAAUUCAAUCUUAUUUACAUUACAAUAACAGCUGGAAAAUAUAAUAUUUAUAAGAGGCUAGUGUAAUAUCAAAGAUUAAGGAAGGGGUAACAGUGUAUGGGGGGGGGGUGUUUUUUCGGAUAAAAGGUAGGAAGAGGAGUUUUUUUUGAUGCAAAGAAGUUGCUGGUCUUAAAUUUAAAACGGGAGGGAUAAAUUUAUUUUUACAGGGAGGGGUGAUUUUUAUUGUAUAGGGAGAGGGGAGGAUAAAGUAAAACCUUUAUCUCUUAUAAAAGGUAUUUUAUACCUAUAAAAUUACCUAAAAAAUUUUUUAAAGCAACAUUGAUACCUAAAGUGUUAAAUAAACAAAAACUUUGUUUCCAGCGGUCAAAGCGACCAUAAUGAGUAAGGAGAGAAUUGGAGAAUUCGACCGAUUCACGUUGAAAAUCGAUGAAAUCACAAAGAAAAUGGCUUCUGGAGCUUAUAAAAUACGAUAUGGCAAGGUGUAUUUGUGGGUACCAAGCCAGGCCACCAAAUGUGGAUGUCCUAAGCUGGUGGAGCGAGAGGAUUACUUGAUUAUGGGUGGGUAAAAUACGAUUUCAAAAUUGUCGUGGAUAAUUUUUAAAAUUUUUUUGGUAAAUAUUGUGCUUAAAAAUCAUAUUUUUAAUAUUGGGUUGUUCAAAUAAUCUUAAGCCCUUUAACUUUUAAAUUUGCUUUAAACGAUAGCUCACAACUUUUUGAACUAAAUAACAUAAUAGAAAGGCUUUUUAAUAUUUUGGGUUGUUCAAGUAAUUAUGUGCCCUCUUCCCCCUCAAAACAAGUUUUUGGGGCGAGGGGCACAGAAUUAUUUGAAAAAUCCAUAAUCUAACCAUAGGGCGCAAGCUGCUCUUAAAAUUAAACAUUUUGCAAUUUUCAUGUUUCCCCAAUUCCAGGCCGCGAGCUACCCUCAGACACGACCCGUUCUGGCCUCACCUUCAACAAACACUCGCUGAUAAUGGAAUGGAACGACGACUUGGCCGACCGCCUCGACCGCUUCUCCAGCCGCGCCCUGCACGGCUUCUGCUCGAGCAAGCACGAAUAG